AUGGAUCCUGCAACAGUUAUAGCUCUUUGCAAGGAAAAUAUUCAGCCAUUACGUUAUGGACGAAAUGCUGCACAGUUAGGAACUGCAUUGAGAGCACAAGAAGAUGCAGAUGCUCAACAAUUACUUUUGCAAGAAAAACAAAUGUAUGAAGAUGCGAUAAGAAAUUAUGAAGGAGAUGAUCCUUUAGAAAGUUGGUAUGAAUACAUUAUUUGGGUGGAGCAAAGUUAUCCAAAGAGUGGCCAUGAGUCACAUAUUGGCAAACUUUUGCAACAAUGUUUAGCUAUGUUUGAAAAAGAGACCAAGUAUCAUCAAGAUCGUAGAUAUAUACGUCUUUGGAUUAAUUAUAUAAGUAUGCAGAAAAAUCCAUUAGAAUUGUACCAACUUUUACAUAACAAUGGAAUUGGGACUAUGGUUGCAGAUAUGUACAGAGCAUGGGCUUUUGAAUUAGAACAAGUAGAAGAUUAUAAACGUGCUGAUGAAGUUUAUUUAAUGGGCUUAUCUGCUUUAGCAGAACCACAAGAUGAAUUGGAUUAUGCUCACAAGAAUUUUCAACUUGCAGUCGCACGUAAAACAUUAGGACGUACGGACGAUCGUAACGAAAUCUCACUGCUUGAACAACGUCAGGCUUUUAGUUCGCUAAAGGCAAUAAAAUCUGGUAAAAGAGUUAGCAGUGUACGUACUGGACAUCGAGUACGUGAACACUUUCCCGGCAUCGUCCCACAAAUUUCUUCAACAAUGCACAAUACUAGACCAAAUCCCAGAAUACAAAUAUAUCAGGAUGAUCUGGCAGGUGACAUGAAAAGUUCAAGCAUACUAGACCAUGUACCAGUAGAGGAUACAGUACAUAAAGAAAAUACUAUAAAACCUGGUCCAUGGAGUAGUGCAAAUAAACGAUGUCCAUUGAUAUCAUCUGCUACGAAAUCAACGUUCAAAGUUCACGAAGAUCAACCGGAAGACUUUGAUGUAGAAAAGCUAAGAUUAUUUCCAAAUCAUACAUAUUUUUUUGAUGGUAGCAAAUGUUUAAAGCAUUUAAUAGUGCCUGUGUUUGUACCGGAUCUUCCAGAUUCAAAUAUCAUAUUAAAGCCACAUUAUCCCAAAGAAUUAGUUUAUGCUAAUGAUAUGGAUCAAAGUAUGGAAGAAUUAAGAGCCCAACUGUAUUUACAAAGAACACAAACAUUAGAGAAAGAACUUAAUGUACCAGAUAUAAGAGAGACUGACCACCAAGUUCAGCAUAAAAGUUUUGAACUUGAGCAUCAGAGGCACGAAAUAUCUUUACAAGAAUUACAAAGACAGAGGCAACAGUUUGAACAGCAAGAGUUAACAGAAAGGCAGAGGAAAAUGGAGCGGCUUCGCAGGGAAGCUGAACAACUUGAAUUGAAUAGACAGAGACUUCAAGCUGAACAAGAGCUUCAACGACAGCAAUAUGAAGCCGAAAACCAAGCUUUAGAAUCCCAAAGACGCGAAGCAGAACAACGUGAGUUGGAAAGAUUAGAAGCGGAAAGAAUCGAGGCUGAAAGAAUCGAAGCAGAGAGACUCGAAGCACAGAGAAUGGAAGCAGAAUUAAAUUCGCAACGAAAAUUACAAACUUCUAGUUUUAUUCAUCAACACCAUACACCGUCGUUAAAUACCGACCCCGAAGAACAUUUACUUGGACAAAGCCUUACGGUUAAUACAAAAGAAGCGAUGUCAGUCGUGCAAGACAUGUGGCGUUCUCCCGAUACAGUACCUACUACGCCCAAUUUUCGUACUCCCAUGACACCUAGGAUUCCAGAUGCUAAAAUAAAAUUAUCUUUCGACAUACAUAUGGAUAGUUCAAUGACGCAGCAUGUAAUGUCAAAUAGUAAACAUCAUUCGGGAUACAGUGUGCAACCGUACAAUGAUCAAGAAAACCAUCAAAAUUAUUCUGCUCACCAAAGUUAUUCUAAUCAAGAACAUCAGACUUCUUAUGGCACCUCUGGAUUACAUAACACAUACCAGUAUCAAAUACAGCAACAUCACGAGCAACAAGUGCAGCAAUCUCAUCCCCGACCACAUCAUUCGCAACAUCAUCAACAGUUAAUGCAAACACAUCAACAGACACACGUGAUUUCUCACCAUCAUACUCUCUCGCAUGCACCACAUUUGCAGCCUCAUAGCCAAAUUCAGCAUCAUCACCAAUCUCCUCACCCUCAACAACAUCAACCGUCACAUAAUCAACACCUCCAUCAUCAACCACAUCAACCACAUCAACCACAUCAAUCACAUCAACCACAUCAGCCACAUCAAGCACAUCAACAUAUUCCGCACAUGCAGCAUCCCGUUUAUGGCAAUAUGAUGCCGAACGAUAUUACUUAUCAGCAGUACCCUUCGCAGCUGGAAUCCACAUUGCUACAGCAAAAUGUAGAACCUCAAAAACAACUUCACUAUCCUCCAUAUAAUGAGCCAGAUAUCGAAACUAGCAAACCGUACAGAAUGCCACCUGAGUUACCGUAUAUAAAGUCUCCGAGAAUGAAUCGUAGAGAGAUCAAGUAUCUUGAAAGUACAGAAGAUAAGGAGAACGCUAUUGUAGUUGAUUAUAAUGGACCAAUGGAAGAAAAUAUGACUACGCCAAAGCCACCUGAUGAGAAUAAUUUAUAUAUUGACGAAAGUCUUGGUAUUGCUCCGCUGGCAGGAAAUAAUGAUUCUUGUUUCACGGAAGCAUUUAAUACACAAUUACCUAGUUCUACGCCUAUGAUUAAUCAUUUUAGACAAUCUUACAAAGUAGCAGAAGGAACUUCACAAUAUCCAAAUCAGUGUCCAAUACCUCAACCCACUUCAGAGGCACCUAAUGGCGAAGUUGAGGACAAAUUGAGUGUUAUAUUAGAAACAACUAGAGAAUACAUUUCGAGCAGUUCGAAUAGCAGUUCUACACAUGCAAGAAAUACCGCAUUGGGCUUUACAUUAACAAAGGAAGAUCUGGUUCCUAUAAAAGAACAAUCUAUUAGUAGAGAUGGAGAAGACGAAAGUAAUGAUGUUACACUUUCUGCAAAUCAACUUUAUGAGCAAAAGCUUCAUGCCCAAAUUCAAGCUGUGCAUGCUCAAAGUCCACGUACAGUACAACGCAACGUGGAUCAAAUCACUUCUGAAAUUAAGAAGAAUUGCGAUCUACGAAAAUCGAUUAACUUUAAACUUAACGAAAUAGAGCAACAAGAGAAAGUUGAUUCGAUGGAGUGUGAAGAGCAUCAUGAACCGAUGGAAGAAGCGGAAGAAGAAAGUUUCCAAUUACCUUCAGGAGACAUAAAUCCUUUCGAUAGAAAUUUGAUAGCUGGUCUUUUAAAGAAACUUAAAUUUCCCCAGCCGCAUCACGCAGAGGGAUAUGUGAGAUUAAAUACUAAUUUAAAUAAGCUUGUGCCUUCUACUACAAAUACGCUUGGUACUGAAGCGUACGAUUUGGGACAGUGCCUUGGAAGAGGAACGUACGGUACAGUAUUCAAAGCAGUGAACCUGAAAACAGGUCAAACAGUUGCUCUGAAAACUCAAAAGCCUGCUUGGGUUUGGGAGUAUUAUAUCACUAGGGAAAUAAAGAAUCGUCUAACUAAUCCACAUAUGUUGCGCGGAUUUAUGGAUGUCGAGACAGCAUAUGUUGCAAAUAACAGUAGCGUAUUAGUUUCGGAAUAUUCCAGAUAUGGAACAUUAUUAGCGGUAAUGAAUCGAAUAAAGCUUGCCACGGGUAAACAUUUGACAGAGCACUUAGUUAUAUUCUUCACGAUUGAAAUAUUGCAAAUUGUGGAGUACUUACAUAAAUGCCAAAUAAUCCAUGGGGAUAUUAAACCAGACAAUUUUCUCCUAAUGCGUUUACCUACGGAAGAUGUUAGGCCAACGAUACAGCUAAUAGAUUUCGGGUGUAGUAUAGAUAUGAGUCUUUUGCCGGAAAAUACGACGUUUACUAAAGUCAUAAAAACGGAAGAUUUUACGUGCAUUGAAAUGCAAACUGGGAAACCAUGGACGUAUCAGACUGAUUUGUACUGUUUAGCUGCGACAUGUCACUGUUUGUUAUUUGGUAAUUAUAUGAGAGUUGUGAAUAUUGGUGGUCGCUGGUUUAUCACAUCCAAAAUACCAAGGUAUGCCAAAAAAGCCGCUUGGGAGCAAUUCUUCACAAAAUUAUUAAACAUUGAAUCUUGCGAUAAAAUGCCAGAUUUAUCUAAGUUGCGCAACAUAAUGGAAGAAACAUUAGCGCAGAUGACGGAUGCGCAUCAGAAAUUUAGAAAUUUUGUGAAUAUUUUAAACAAACGAUAACACUUACUAAAUAUACUGUAUCAAAUGUUGUGUCCCGAUGUGUGCACAUAUUUAGUAAAGA